CAUCCGGUAAAGGGGCGUGUGCUAAACAAAGACAUAAAGCAGUUUUAUAAGAAGUCCAUUCUUCUUUACCUCACCCUCGACGCGACCUCACCAGCUCAAGCUCAAGAUAUCAUGGCAUUGUCUACGAUGAACACUAGCACUGUUAUGACUGUCGUGUCCUUGGCCAUUCUGCUUCAGUUUAGAGCUGUGCUGUCACAGUUUAAUUCGGACAGUGAUUUGUGUCCCACUCCUAUCAAUGCAACUGAUGAGACACUGACAGGAGCAGUCAUGUCUCAACUACCUUGCAGCUCCGAUUUCUCGGACUGUGACGUCCAUGACUUAGUCAACAUCUCCAUGGACAGCUACACUUACUAUGGUGCCAUAUCACAAGUAGUCAUUUCCGUGUCAAACAAGACUAAGGAAGAAACGUACUAUUACAGACUGUGCAGUAUGCUCGGCGAUACCAAUAACGUUCGACUCCUAAAAUGUUUGAACAGCAAUGAGUCAAGUUUCAACACAGACCUGUAUUGGAACAUGACUGGGCGGAAUGAAGUGAUUGUGCGCGUGUAUAGUGACUCGAGCUACUCUAAUCUGGUGGAUUGUGAACAUAAAACAGUUUUAGUGGCAAAUAACAGUGGUCUCAACUUGAAAGUGAAAGUCUCCCAACCCAAGCUUCAAAACAUCCAUUCCAUUGGAGAACCCCUCGUACCCAUUAAACCUGCCCUCGUCGGUCCAGUUUGUACCUCCUCUCUAUCUAAGAAACACUAUCAAAUUGGAAACCUGACUUUCAAGUCCUCAGUAAACUUCACUAACUUCACUGACGUUCAUUUCACGUAUAACUUUGGAGAUGGGCAUACUCUUUAUGUUUCCCAGAAUCACAGCAAUGUGUCUACAGUCGAGCACUUGUAUAGCGGUAAAGGAGUGUAUCAUUACACUGUGGAUGCACUGGUGGUGUUGGAAGAUGAUGAGCUUGCUGUACAUUCUUCCAAACAUAGCAACGUUAGUGUAUACGAGACGCUGACUGAGCACACUAUCAAUGUUGGCAGAUACAAUUCCGUGAAAGUGGGUGUGUCUGAUGUGGUCGUCACUCUAUCUGGCAGCUUCCCAGUGAAGUACUGCUGGUGUAUGGUGUUCCCAAACAGUACAACAUGCUCGAGAGUGCCUGAAAUAAACUCAACCAGCAAAGGCAACAUCACCUGCAUCACAGUUCUUGAGCCACUUCAAAAUCAAGCUAAUGUUAUGAGCACUGUGAAAAUGAAUUUCACCAUGCCAGGAGCACAUCGCAUCAUAGCAAACUUCACUAAUUUUGUGGACUGCAAAAAUGAAAGCUUCACCUUCAACGUUUAUGCACCACCCUCACCUGUGGUCAUCAUCUCUAGCACAACAGUAGGUGUCCUAGCAGCACUUCUGGCCAUCGUCGUAGUGGUGAUAAUUGUCAUAGUCACUGUCAUCAUUCCGUACCGCCGAUACAAAUACAGAAUGACUGAAACGGCUAACUUUAGAUUUGUUGAGCUUUCUGAGUCAACAGCUACUAUCAAAGGGAAAGUGAGAAAAGUUUCUCGCAACUUCGCGGACUAUUUCAGGCCGAGUAAACAAGAUAGAGUGGGAUUAGUGAACACUGAGAGCAAUGAUGUGACUAGUAGUCCGCGUGACAGACUGAUUAAUCGUAAUGUUGCCACAUUUACUCCAUAUGAUUCUCUGUGACGUACCUUUUAUAGUUCCGAAUUGUUCAUUGUGUGUUUUAUACAGUCAUGUAGAUAACAAUUUUGUGUUUGAUCACUGUAUUUGUGCUAUAUAUCAUCUAUAAUAAUUCUAUCCAACUACA